UUAUUGCUCAUCUUCAUUCUCAUAGAUCAAACAGAGAGAAAAGCUCAUUCUCUGCUUCCCAAGUCUCUACUCUUCCUCUUCCACCCAAAAUGGAGAGAAAGGUCUCUCCAAUGGCCACCCUUCUCUUCAUUACAGUCCUUAUAGCUGCUUAUUAUUUCUCAGAGUCCCAAGCUCAGUCAAGUAGCUCAUUCCAAGACAAUUUCAGUAUAAUGUGGUCAGAAAACCAUUUCAAGACCUCUCCAGAUGGGCAGAUCUGGUAUCUCUCAUUGGACAAUGAUACAGGUUGUGGGUUUCAAACAAAGCAGAGAUACAGAUUUGGGUGGUUCAGCAUGAAGCUCAAGUUGGUGGGAGGUGACUCUGCUGGUGUUGUGACAGCUUAUUAUAUGUGCUCGGAGAACGGGGCGGGGCCGACGAGAGAUGAGUUGGAUAUCGAGUUUUUGGGGAACCGAACAGGGCAGCCGUACCUCAUUCAGACCAACGUUUACAAGAAUGGAACUGGAAACCGUGAGAUGAGGCACCAGCUUUGGUUUGAUCCCACUGAGGACUUUCACUCCUAUUCGAUCCUCUGGAAUUCCCACCAGAUUCUGUUCUUUGUGGAUCAAGUACCGAUUCGGGUGUUCAAGAAUGCUGAUUAUGCAAACAACUUCUUCCCAAAUGAGAAGCCAAUGUACCUCUUCUCAAGCAUAUGGGAUGCAGAUAACUGGGCAACAAGAGGAGGGCUCGAGAAGACGAAUUGGACGAAUGCUCCUUUUGUGUCCUCUUACAAGGACUUCAGCGUCGAUGCUUGCCAGUGGGAGGACCCUUACCCGCCAUGUGUAUCCACCACCACCAACAACUGGUGGGAUCAGUAUGCCGCUUGGCACCUCACCGAUCAACAAAAAACUGAUUUUGCUUGGGUUGAGAGGAACCUUGUUAUUUAUGAUUAUUGCCAGGACACCAAAAGGUUCCCAACACUGCCUGAGGAGUGCUCACUAAGUCCAUGGGAUUGAGCACAAAGAGAAUUCUAUAUAUAUAUAUAUAUAUAAAGAGCAUUGAAAAUUUUCAUUUUCUUUAUUUUGUUUUUCUCUAUGAUUUUUUGAGUUUUGAAUUGAAUAUAUAUUUGCUCUCUGUUGGGCCAAUUCUUGUAUUGGAUUAUUAUUGGAUAAUUUUUCCUAUUUAAUUCAUUAAA